AUGUUCUCCCUGCGUAAAGUUGUGCUAGUGCUGGGCGCUGCCCUUUUCGCCGCGUCGCUUGUCGCUGCGAGUGCCUCGGAAGAGACGCUCGGCCAGCGUUCGGGUAUGAUGCGCCGCCAUGCAGACGCUGGUCGUCUGCGUGCGCGCGAUGCUGCUGCGGAUGCGGCACUUCGGGACAUGUACCAAGAGUUUGUGACAAAGGCAAAGCGUGAGGGGCGCCAGCCGCUCUCUCUUGACGAUUUCAAGGAGCGCUACCCCAAGGUUGUGAAGCGCUCCCAGGAGGAGAACCCCUUUGCGCAGAGCUCUUCGAGCUCGGGCCACGGCCACGCGACUUCCACCUCGAGCAGCAGCUCGAGCGCGAGCGCAAGUGCGUCGGGAAGCAGCCCUGGCGGCGAUUCGGACCACUCGGGUGAGGGCACCUACUACCAACCGGGCAUGGGCGCGUGCGGCAAGUCGAGCUCGUCUUCGGACAAGAUUGUCGCCAUUGCCCACAGCAUGUUUGACCAGUAUUCUGCUGGCGGAAACCCCAACGCCAACAAGGUCUGCGGCAAGAAGAUCAAGGCUACCUACCAAGGCAAGUCGACUACGGUUACGGUCGUUGACCGGUGCACUGGCUGCUCUAGCAAUGACCUUGACUUUUCGCCGGCCGCAUUCAAGGAGCUUGCUUCUACCUCGAAGGGCCGCCUUUCCGGCGUCAAGUGGUCCUUUGUGAACUGA